AUGUUUUUGUGUGAUGUAACUGGAAUAAAUAUAAGGAGUGGUUUUGCAAAGUGGACAGUAAUGGAGUAUAUGAGCACUGGUAGUGAUAGCAAAGACGAAAUUGAGUUGUUGCUAACUAAUUUAAAUAUGUCUGAGGUGAUAGACAUCAUGGAAAACCUUUAUCCAGAUGGGGACCUCGCAGUUUAUGAAGACAGCAUAAUAACAAUGUGUGAAGAGGUGAAUCAAAAUGAAGAACGUGCAGAAUCUUUACUGUUUUGUGAAAGGGAAGUUUCGCUCAUGUCAUGUGUCAAAUACGGGACUGUGGAAGACUUGCUUGCUUUUGCAAAUCAGGUGUCUGACACUGCGAAACAACGUAAAGGAUGUCGACAGCAAGAAUCUGGAAUCCUCUUGAAUAUGAUUACACCCAAGAAUGGGCGCUAUCAAAUUGACUCUGACGUGCUGCUUUUUCCAUGGAAGCUGACUUACCGGAAUAUUGGCUCUGACUUUAUUCCUCGGGGAGCUUUUGGGAAGGUGUAUCUAGCCCAAGACAGAGAAACCAAAAAACGAAUGGCAUGCAAGCUGGUCCCAGUGGAGCAGUUCAAACCAUCAGAUGUUGAAAUACAGGCCUGUUUCCGUCAUGAAAACAUUGCUGAAUUAUACGGUGCUGUUCUGUGGGAUGAAACUAUCCAUCUGUUUAUGGAAGCUGGAGAGGGAGGAUCUGUCAUGGAAAAGCUGGAGAGUUGUGGGCCCAUGAGAGAGUUCGAAAUCAUCUGGGUGACAAAGCAUAUCUUGAAAGGACUUGACUUUCUCCACUCCAAGAGGAUUAUCCACCACGAUAUCAAACCAAGCAACAUUGUCUUUAUGUCAACUAAGGCUGUUCUGGUGGAUUUUGGCCUAAGCGUUCAAAUGACUGAAGACAUUUACUAUCCCAAAGACCUUAGAGGAACAGAGAUUUACAUGAGCCCUGAGGUCAUUCUCUGCAGGGGCCAUACGACAAAAGCUGACAUCUACAGCAUGGGAGCUACCAUCAUCCAUAUGCAAACCGGCAUCCCGCCCUGGGUGAACAGAUACCCUCGCUCCGCGUAUCCCUCGUACCUCUACAUUAUACACAAGCAAGCUCCCCCCUUGGAGGACAUUGCUGAAGACUGCAGCGCUUCCAUGCGGGAGCUGCUGGAAGCGGCGCUGGAGAGGAACCCCAAUCACAGGCUGUCGGCCGCGGAGCUGCUCAAGCACGAGGCCCUGCACCCGCCGCCCGAGGAGCAGCCGCGCUGCCAGAGCCUGGACUCGGCGCUCUUCGAGAGGAAAAGGCUGCUCACGAGGAAGGAGCUGCAGCUGCCAGAAAACAUUACAGAUUCCUCAUUGUGUACAGGGAGCACAGAUGAGUCGGACCUGCUAAAGAGGCAAAGAUCCCUCUACAUAGAUCUUGGAGCUCUAGCUGGUUACUUCAAUAUUGUUAGGGGACCACCAGCAUUGGACUAAGACUGACUUGGUAACGGUUUCUGUCUGCAGGUCAGAAAUGGACCUCUACCUCUAAAAACUGAUUUUUAAGACUUGAUUUUCCAAUUUGUACAUAAAUAUAUUGUCAUUGUAGUCUGUAAAAUGUGAAUAGUGUUAAAUGCACAGAUGAUUAAGCUAAACCCUUCGGGGCUCUGAUAAGCUGAACCCAGGCAACGAUGUCUGUGUGUCUGCUGGGAUCAACAAGAAAGCAGAAAGAACGCUGCUGGGAAUAUCUUAAUCUGGGGAAUCUUCCUUUGCUGGGCUUGCACUUUUGUAAGAAUUAUGAUAUAUGCUUGCAGCUUUUGCCCU